CGUGGCUAAAAAUUGUAGGCAAACUUAAUCUCAACUGGAAACAGCACUAUUUACGCUUGGUUAAAAAACAACAAAAACUCCAUCGCCGUGCUAAAAACAUAUUGUCUCGCUUACUAAAAAAUGUAAUUAAGAAUGACCAUAUUAAAUCGCUGGAAAACUGACUCAAAAACGGCCGAAUUUUGAAUAUUUUUGAUGUAUAGGGGGACGAGGGGCGGAAAUCGUAUAGAAAUCCUAUAUACUCUCCACCGUACUUCCUUUUUCUUUUAUAUUUGGCUUAUUUAAUGAGGAAAUGGGCUCCGCUACGCUCCGGGCGCUGACGCGCCCUCCGCUUCUCUCCGCAAAAACAAAGCAUUUUUAGCUUCCAAAAGUUACAGUUUUUGAUAAACCCGUUUCAAAUAAAUAUAAUAUAAAUAACGACAUAUGUUAAUAUGUUUCAUGGAUUAAAAACCUAUUGCUCUAAUAUAAUAUAUAUAUGUUGUUAGAAAAGAUGUACAAAACGGUAAUAUUUUAAACCUUCAUAAUGGAUAAAUAAUUUUUUAGAUCUCAUUGAGGCUUUGGAGUUAAAAACAAAGGAAUUCCGUAGGGAUAGCAAAGCUAGUGGAUCUACGGCGACCUUUAAAACGAAAACCUUUCGCAGUGGCUAUUCAUACGUGACCGUACUUUAAUAUUUUUUUUCUAUUCGUACGUGACUCUCACGUAUUUUAAUAUUUUUUUUCUAUUCGUACGUGACACUCGCGUACUUUAUUAUUUUUUAAUUUUUUCUAUAUCUGCGAUUUUCUAUAUUUAUUCUUCGUACGUAAAACCUUUUCUUUCUCGUUUCAUAAAAAAAAAAUUUUUAUACUUAGCAUGAAGUUUCAAUUUGUUAUAAGGAAAGUUUUUGUAGUAGAAACCAGCCUUUUCAACUUCAUUACAAUUUCAAUUGCAAAAAGGCGCGAAUAGGACUUCUAUGCUGAAGGAAGAAGAUGGAGGUCGGACAAAGUUUUUCGAGCUUUGAGCAGUUAAAUGAAGCAAUUUGUAGUCAUGAAAAAGGACAUUUCAGUAAGGAUGUAUGUAUAUGAUAAAAAUUAGAACAAUUGAAGACGGUCAACAACUAUAUGUGAAAGAUAUGCACAAAGAACAUAACCACGCUGUCAAUAAGGCAUGUUUUGAACAUUUACCGCAACAACGCCGUAUAACCGAUGUAGAUACGUCAGCUGAAAUAACAAAAAUGCUUCAGUUGAAAGCAAGCAAGAAACUUUUACAAAAUCACGUUUCUAAAGUAGCAGGGAAAAACGUUUUGCUGAAAAAUCUUCACAAUAUCCAGGCGAAAAUGGCAGGUAGAAGUAAAAAUGACGUCGAGAGUCUUAUCAGGGAAAUGAGAAGUGUGCCUGGAGCCACUGUGAAAGUUAUUGUUGACAGCGAAGAUACAUUGAACGCUAUAUGCUAUCAGGACAUGGAGAUGAGAAAAGCUUUUUCUGCUUACCCAGAUCUGCUUAUGUUAGACGCAACCUACAAAUUAAAUGAUUUGCGAAUGCCAGUAUAUUUGUUAAUAUGCGUGGAUGCAGAUGGAGAAAGCGAGAUUGUGGGUGUUUGGAUAGUAAUGAAUAAGGAGAAAUCGACAAUUGUCCGCAUGAGUGAAUGUUUCAAAAAACACAAUCCUAACCAUAAUCAGAUAGAAGUAGUGGUCAUUGAUAAAGACAUGAUGGAAAGAGAUACCUUGAAAGAACAGUUUCCUCGUGCAUCUAUACAGUUAUGCUUGUUUCACACACUGAGAGCUUUCAAACGUGAGAUCACGACAAUAAAGAUGGGCAGCCAUAAAAUCAGAUAAACAUGAAAAAGAUUAAUGCUCUUUUGUAAAUAUAUACAUUCUGUGAAUUUCUCUAAAUUUCUUUUAAUUCCUCCAGACUCAUUUUAAAUAAAUAAAGUAAGUACGUGAGUGUCACGUACGAAUAGAAAAAAAAAUUUAAAAUACGUGAGAGUCACGUACGAAUGGAAAAAAAAUAUUAAAGUACGGUCACGUAUGAAUAGCCACUGCGAAAACCUUUCAACCCAUGUUUUCCGAUUUUUGAACUGCGGAAAAAAGACAACAUAAGCUUUCCGACAAUAUGGGUAAACAGCUAAUUUCGUGUUAUUUAUUUAGUUUAUUUGAUUUUCAAGGCGAAACUCGUAUUUAACUAUUCAUUCUUUCUAGGUGCAAUUUACAUUGAGUUUUGCAUAGAGUGUUUAAUAACUGAAAAUGAUUAGAGAGAACACAAAAUUAGUUCCUGGCCAGGUAUAAGGAAUAGGUAGCUAACUUGUGUUGAUGACUUACCCUGGGGGCUGGUGUGGAUAUUUUAUGUGCUCUCACUACUAGCACUGCAGUUGAUGUAAAGUUUUUUUCGUCUUUUAAAUGGCGUAUAUACAAUCAUAUAAAUAUACCUAUGUAUAUAUAUUAUUAACUAACUAGCUAUUGAAUAGCUAUUAGUUAUUGGAUAAUAUA